GUGAAUCGGUGGGAGGUGGAGCUUGUUCCUCAAGCCUGGUCACAGUUUGAAACCCACCAGUGUUUGCUACAUCCAGAAAUGAAAUAGUUUCAAACCAAGCCAUCUGUUUUAUGGGCGCAGAACAUGCAGCCAGAGAGACGAAAGAAGCGUCAAGAAACAAGCAUCGACAGAAGAAACGUGCGCAGAGAAGAUGCGCAGAGGAACAUCAGCACAACCUCACUGGUUCCCUUUCACAGAAGAACCACAAACUCGGACGAAAGCAUACGAGAACCAGUCCCCGACAAACACGAGCUGCUCAUCCAUUAUCAGACCAUCCCGGAUAGACGCUUCUCAUGCGAGCGGGCACACCAGCUGAUCAAGCAAAUCGUCGACGAAAGACUGGAGACGGUGGAGUAGAGCUGCGCAUGCGCGGUCAUUUCGAAGGAGCUGUCCGAUUGC